AUGACAGAAUCAGUGAGCAUAGCGUGGCUGGACAGGGUAUCCAAGGAACAGUUAGUGUCCAUCACACAGGAACUGGGCAUCGAACACACAGGCACCACUCGAGAGAUAAGGAAACGGAUAGUGGCAUGGUCCGCCAAAGCACUCGUCGACCCGGAACUUCACGCAAAAUUUCUCGCGAUGGAAGCAGCAUACAACGAGCAGGAGGCCUACUGGAGAGACGAAAGUGAACCAAAGACACCGUUAACCGUGAAUCAAUGCGAAAGGACCGCUAAUGUGUCCGUUAGGCCUCCAACGCAGAGCCAGUUCACAUAUCCACCACCGAGUAUACAACCGCCACCGCAACACCCGCCAACGACAUCAAUCUCACCAAACGCUGACGAGCUAACCAACGACAACCAUGUGCAUACCGUUACUUUUGCGCCCAUCAUCGACCAGGUACGCAAGUGGUCGGUGAAGUACGAUGGAAGACGUGACCCGUUGGCGUUUAUAGAACGAUUAGAGGAGCUGACCGACGUCUACACAUUAAAUGUAGACCUAUUACCAAAGACGAUGGCUGAAAUGCUAAGCGGCACCGCCCUCCAUUGGUACCGCAACAACAACGAGCAUUGGACCAACUGGGCGUCAUUAAAACGUGAGUUCCUGCACUUUAUCCUACAGGCCCGGUAUUUUGAACGCCUGGAGGAUAAUAUAAGGCAACGGAGGCAGCACCCGCGAGGAAAAUGCAAGGACUACGUGAUCACGAUUCAAAACCUGAUGCGACACGCGGGUCACAGUAGUGAACAACGGCUGGAAAGGAUAUUUCGGAAUAGCCACCCGGAGUACUUGCUCUACAUCAAACGGCGAGAUUUUAACACUUUGACGGAACUCCUCACACUCGCAGAAGACUACGAAAGCCAUCGGCGGGCCCCAGAAACCGCCCGACGAGAAAUAGCGAGACACGUUGGUGACGACCCCAUUAUGUCACCACCCCAACCGAGACAGGCAUUUCAGCAACGACCGCCACCACGCAUGGAUCAGCAUCACCGAGAAGCCCCCGAGUACAGCGCCGGACAACCAAUAAUUUUGAGCCAGGAAUGCGGCCGCCUCUACGCCCUAAUCUCGUUGGGUGGAGCGCCCGCGGAAGCCGUCAUCGACACAGGUGCCUCGAGAAGUUUCGUGUCCGCCAGCGUGGCGGAGCAAUUGGUUAGCUUGGGGAGAGGCAAAAAGAUAACUGUGGCCACAGGAAUCCUUAUGGCCUAUGGCACCAGGAACCAAAUAUCCGAGGCCGUGAGGACCGUAGUCCGCCUUGGGCAAACGAUCCACAGCGCCGUUAUGCAUGUCAUGCCUGGAGCAAUUGACGACAUCAUUUUGGGCCUUGACACACUAGGGGGAAUGGGAGCUACGGUGUCCUGCGGCGGACACCGCGUCGUAUUGACGGAGCCACCUAUACAACCGAUGCCUACGACACCAAGCGAGCCAACACCAAACACCGAGGACCCCGAACCACCCGUCAUGACGAACCAUCGCCCACCAAAGAGCAGAAAAGGGAGGCGCCGUACAAGACGACGGUUCGCAAGGGAGAGGGUCGACAGAAUAGAACACGAGGGCCCCAACCACGAAGAUGAGGCAGCCCGCAUACGCGACUUUCUAGCCGAAGAACUGCACAAUUUCGAGACUAUGAGCGGAGUAGCCACAGUGGGAGAGCACCGGUUCAUCAUGAUUGACGAACGCCCCAUCAAACAGCGGUACUUACCGCGAAACCCUGCAAUGCAAUCUGUCAUCGAUGCGGAAAUCGAUGAGCUACUCACGAAAGGACGUAUCGAGCCGUCUCGCAGUCCGCACAGUGCACCGAUCGUACGAGCCCGGAAGAAGAACGCAAAUGGGCGCCUAUACGUGGACUACCGUCAACUCAAUGCCCGGUCAGUACCGGCCGUAUACCCCUUGCCGAGGAUACAGCACAUAUUGGACAAACUUCGCCAGGCGAAGUACAUCAGUAGCUUAGACCUCAAGAACGGGUACUGCCAGAUACCUCUGGAGCCCAAAAGCCGUCCGAACAUAGCCUUCACCGUACCGGGACGUGGCCUGUUCCAGUGGCGCGUCAUGCCGUUCGGCCUACAUUCCGCACCCCGCCACAUUCCAGAAAGCGUUAGACCAAGUCAUUGGCCCGGAAAUGGAGCCCUACGCGUUUGCUUACCUCGACGACAUAAUCGUCAUAGGGUCCACCUUCUACGAACACGUGAAACACUUGCGAGAGGUACCCCAACGACUACAGCGGGCUAA